GGCUGCACGAGGCAGUGUCCUGUGGGCCGAGCGAGGUUCGCUGGACGCUUCGAGGGCAGCCGAUCCGCAAGCCUGCGAGCCCCGCGCCGCCGCCUGGGCCCGUCGUGUAGCUUUCUCCCUUUGUCUUGUAACCAUGUCCACCAACGAGAAUGCUAAUUCACCAGCUGCCAGGCUUAACAGAUUCAAGAACAAGGGAAAAGACAGCACAGAAAUGAGGCGGCGCAGAAUCGAAGUUAAUGUUGAACUGAGGAAAGCUAAGAAAGAUGACCAGAUGCUAAAAAGGAGAAAUGUAAGCUCGUUUCCUGAUGAUGCUACUUCUCCACUACAGGAAAACCGUAACAAUCAGGGAACUGUGAAUUGGACUGUUGAUGACAUUGUUAAAGGCAUAAAUUGUAGCAAUUUGGAAAGCCAGCUUCAAGCUACUCAAGCUGCUCGGAAACUGCUUUCUAGAGAAAAACAACCCCCUAUAGACAACAUCAUCCGGGCUGGUUUGAUUCCAAAAUUUGUGUCCUUCUUGGGCAGAACUGAUUGUAGUCCCAUUCAGUUUGAAUCUGCUUGGGCACUCACUAACAUUGCAUCUGGAACAUCAGAACAGACCAAGGCUGUGGUGGAUGGCGGUGCUAUCUCAGCAUUCAUUUCUCUGUUGGCAUCCCCCCAUGCUCACAUCAGUGAGCAAGCUGUAUGGGCUUUAGGAAACAUUGCAGGUGAUGGCUCAGCUUUCCGAGACUUAGUUAUCAAAUAUGGUGCAGUUGACCCACUGUUGGCUCUUCUUGCGGUUCCUGAUCUGUCAUCCUUAGCAUGUGGUUACUUACGUAAUCUUACCUGGACACUUUCCAACCUCUGUCGCAAUAAGAAUCCCGCUCCGCCCUUAGACGCUGUUGGGCAGAUUCUUCCCGCUCUAGUUCGGCUGCUCCACCAUGACGAUCCCGAAGUCUUAGCUGAUUCCUGCUGGGCUAUUUCCUACCUGACCGAUGGUCCAAAUGAGCGCAUUGAGAUGGUUGUGAAGACAGGAGUUGUGCCCCAACUUGUGAAGCUUCUAGGAGCUUCUGAAUUGACAAUAGUGACUCCUGCACUGAGAGCCAUAGGGAAUAUUGUCACUGGAACAGAUGAACAGACUCAGAUUGUGAUAGAUGCAGGAGCACUUGCCAUCUUUCCUAGCCUGUUGACCAACCCCAAAACUAACAUUCAGAAAGAAGCUACAUGGACAAUGUCAAACAUCACAGCCGGCCGGCAGGACCAGAUUCAGCAAGUUGUGAAUCAUGGAUUAGUUCCCUUUCUUGUCAGUGUUCUCUCUAAGGCAGACUUUAAGACUCAAAAAGAAGCUGUAUGGGCGGUAACCAACUACACAAGUGGAGGGUCAGUUGAACAGAUAGUGUACCUAGUUCACUGUGGCAUCAUAGAACCGCUGAUGAGCCUCUUAAGUGCAAAAGAUACCAAAAUUGUUCUGGUUAUUUUGGAUGCUAUUUCAAAUAUCUUUCAGGCUGCUGAGAAACUAGGUGAAACAGAGAAACUUAGUAUAAUGAUUGAAGAAUGUGGAGGUUUGGACAAAAUUGAAGCUCUGCAGAACCAUGAAAAUGAAUCUGUAUACAAAGCCUCAUUAAGCUUGAUUGAGAAGUACUUCUCAGUAGAGGAAGAGGAAGAUCAAAAUGUUGUGCCAGAAACUACCUCUGAAGGCUACACCUUCCAGGUUCAGGAUGGAGUGCCUGGGACCUUUAACUUCUAGGUGUACAGUUGAGGUGUUGUGGUGUACUAUGUUCAGUGUCAAUGUCUUACUGUUUCUCUACUAAGAACUCUUUUUAAAUGUGGUUUGUUAUUGUAGCACUUUUUACAACAAAACUAUACUUGAACAGUUCUAAACUGUACAUACUGUAUGAAGCCUGUUCCCUGAGUUUCCUAUUUCUAUGUGGAGUUUCCUAUCUUGCAGUGUCCUGUAAAUAAAGAUUAAGUUCCACUCUUUUCUUACUUCA